AUGUGGGAACAAGAAAGAAAUGAAACAAGAUUACCCACGCCUGAAGAAAGAAAAUGUGAAGAAAUAUAUAACACUACAACCACCAGAACAGAAGGAGGAAGAUAUAUUGUAAAACUGCCAACAAAAACAGAAAAACUAAAAUGUGUCGAAGGAAACACAAGAGAUAUAGCUCUGAAAAGAUUAUAUCAAUUAGAAAAACGCUUAGAGAAAGAUGAGAAAUUGAAGAAAGAAUACAUAGAAAUAAUGGAAGAAUACAAAACUUUGAAUCAUAUGGAAGAGGUACCAAAGGAAGAAAUGAAAGUUCCUGCUGUGUACCUACCUCACCACGCUGUUAUUAAAUAUGAAAAAGAAACGAGCAAAGUGAGGCCAGUAUUCAACGCAUCGCAAAAGGGAUCUAACAAAGUGUCUUUAAAUGACGAAUUACUUGUAGGCCCUCAACUACAAGAUGACAUGAGGAGCUUAAUUUUGAGAUGGCGUAUGAAAAGAGUAUGUUUUGUGGCUGAUAUACAAAAAAUGUACCGCCAGAUUCUGGUAACCAAAGAAGACAGCAAUCUACAAAGAAUUCUAUGGCGUAGUAACCAAGACGAACCUGUAAAAGAUUAUAGACUAGGAAGAGUCACGUUUGGGACAGCUUCGGCACCAUAUCUAGCCGUCCGCACGCUACAUCAGGUUGCCACAGAUGAAGGCUAUGAACAUACCGAUGCAGCACAAGUUAUAAAACAAGACUUUUACAUGGAUGACUUAAUGUCUGGGAAGGAUAACUUACAAGAAGCCAUCAAAAUUGCAAAGGAUAUAGAUUCCAUAUUGCGAAGAGGAGGAUUUAUUAUACAAAAAUGGUGUUCGAAUAAUGCAGAAUUCCUGAAACAAUUUGAGCUAAGCCAAAGAAGCACUAAAGUAAAUCUAGAAAUACACAUAGAUGGUAGUAUAAGAGCUUUAGGAUUGAAUUGGAAUAUUGGAACGGACAAAUUCCAAUACAACCUGAACUUACCUGCGUUAACUGAUCGCAUAACGAAAAGAACAAUCCUGUCUGAUAUUCAAAGGUUGUUUGAUCCGCUGGGCUGGUUAGCACCAUCAAUUUUACCGGCGAAGCUGCUUAUACAAAAAUUGUGGUUGCAAGGUAUGGCCUGGGAUGAGAAUGUUACUGAAGAAAUAGCUCAGGAAUGGAUGGAUUUAAGAAACAGUUUUCUCAACUUACCAGGUAUAGAAAUAGACAGAUGGCUUCAAACAUCUGAAUCCUUAAUGAAAAAUGUCUCAGUUCAUGGUUUUUGUGAUGCAUCCAAUCGAGCCUAUGGUGCAGUAGCCUACAUGAGAGUAAUCACCGUAGAAGGAAAAGUAACAAUUACAAUCAUAGCAGCUAAAUCAAGAGUGGCAUCAACAAAAGCUAAAUCCUUACCUCGUCUUGAACUGAAUGGUGCUGUCCUGCUUGCUGGUCUUUUAAAGCAAAUAAAAGAAGCCAUGAAAAUACCAACCUCUCAGAUAUAUGCAUGGACAGAUUCCACUAUAGUACUGUCCUGGCUUUUUGGAGAUCCUGCAAGAUGGAACAUUUAUGUAAGAAAUCGAGUAGUUGAGAUUCUAGAAGACAUUGGGAAUCACAAUUGGUAUCACGUACAAUCUCAAGACAACCCUGCUGAUUUAGCCUCAAGAGGUAUGCCCUUGACAAGCCUGAAAGAAAAUAAACUGUGGUGGAAUGGCCCUGAAUGGUUACAUAAUAAAGAGAUCGAAUACAGUAGGCCAAAGAACAUAAAUACAAACCUGGAAAGGAAAGAAGUUAUAGAAGUCAACUCGAAAAUUGAAAAUGAAAGAGCAAGUUUAAUAAGCAAAAUUGAAAAUUGUGAUGAUUUGACAGAGCUACUAGGCAGAGAGAGAGAGAGGCAGCGUUAA